AUGGCUUCUCUCGACGAGCAGAACCCCGAGAUGUGGCCACCAGGAACUGUGCGCCUCGAAGCUUUCACCGUGACCAAGGGGAAGGACAUCAUCCUCCAGCCACGGCCGAGCGAUGAUCCCAAUGACCCUCUCAACUGGUCGAACUGGCGGAAGAACUGGAACUUUGCCCUGUGCUCCUUCUACGCCAUGAUGGUCUUUGCCCUCAUCGACGCUGCAACGCCAACUUGGGGACCGAUGAAUGUGGAGCUCGGCUUCAGCUAUUCGAUUCUGAAUGAUAGCUAUGCCAUCGGCUGUGGGACCCUAGCCUUUGGGGCCUUCCUGCUCAUCCCCUUCGCGGUCAAAUACGGCCGUCGACCUAUAUAUGUUGUCAGCACUCUCGCGCAGUUCGCCGUCUCGGUAUGGUCUGCCAAGCUGGAGACCGUCGCUGAUCUGUUGCUCGUCAAUGCUUUCAGCUGUAUGGUUGGAGCACUGGCCGAAGUCAUCGUCCAGAUGACAAUCGCCGACAUCUAUUUCGUCCACCACCGCGGAUUGGCGAACACUGUCUACGUCUGGUUUUCCAAUUUUGGUUCCUCGCUGGCCCCCGUCGCCGCGGGAUAUAUCACCUUAUCCCAGGGCUGGCGCUGGGUCUGGUGGUGGUGUGCAAUCUUCUUCGGCGUCUGCGCUGUAUUGUUCUUCUUCAGCUAUGAAGAGACCAAGUUUAGCAACUCCCAAAUAACUGGGGUCUCACCGGAAAGCCAGCAAGAUCCCUCGACAGAAGCGGAUCACAAGUCUAGUAUCUUGCAGGAAAAGACUCUGCCGGUUGAAGAAGAAAGCCAAACGCAGGAUCUCAGCAUUCCUACUGUCAUCAACCCAAACAUCCCGCGGAAGACCUAUUGGCAAAGACUCGCGUUCGCAACCACUUCCACAGGCAGCUUCAAAGAUUUCGCCCGCCACGGCUACCAGCCCGCCGUCGUCCUCUUCACCUUCCCGGCCGUCUUCUACAUGUCGUGGGUCUACGGCGUCAUGCUCGCCUGGUCGACGGUCAUGGUCACGGUACUCUCCAGCACCAUGACGCUCCCGCCUUACAACUUCGACAGCGCGCAGAUCGGGCUCAUGAGCCUCCCCAGCUUCAUCGGCACCACGCUAGGCGCCCUCCUCAUCGGCCCCAUCUCCGACCGCUCGAUCCUCUACCUCGCGCACCGCAACCACGGCGUCUACGAGCCCGAGAUGCGCCUCUGGGCCAUGGCCCCCUUCGUCCCGUUCGUCCCCGCCGGCGCCCUCAUGUUCGGCAUCGGUCUGAACAACGGCCUGUCCUGGCCCAUCGUCGCCGUCGGUUACGCCAUUUGCAAUUUUGGCACCGCCCCCAUUAGCACUAUUGCAUUGACAUACAUCACAGAUUCCUAUACCGACAUCGUAGGCGACGCCCUCGUCGGCGUAACAUUCACGCGCAACGUCAUCGGGACGAUCUUCGUCUUCGCCCUCAGCCCCUGGGUCGACGCCGUCGGCAUCACGAACAUGAUCGUCACCAUCACUGUGAUUGGCACCGUGGUGCUACUCUUCGUCUUUGUGUUUAUCUUGUACGGGAAGCGGUUCCGCGUCAGGACGGCUGAGAGGUAUAGAUAUUAUGCGGGGAGACAGGUGGUUGGGAGAUGA